UUUGCUUUCUUUUGGAUUUGAAAUUUUGAAAAAGACAAAAAAAAAAAAAAAAAAAGCAACCAAGAAUGCCAACAUCAGCUGACUCGCCGUAUAGGACUGCAAAAGCCAUGGUGCCGUACAAGUGCGGACUCCCUCACUUGUUCGGCGCGGCCCCGGUGCUCGGCGGCAAGCUGCCCGACGUCUUCUUCGAGUACGAUUACUGUGACGGCGUGCCGCCCAAGACGCUGGUCGAGCUGACCAUGCUCCAGAUGAGCGCCGCCGUCCGCAUCAAGCCGAACUGGGAGACCAAGAUCAGCGACCCCAAGAUUGUCGCCAAGUGGCGCAAGGAGGCCAGCAACGCCUCGACAGAGGUGCUGGUCACGUCCAAGAUGCUCGACUACGUGUUUGAGGAGCUCAAGGAGUACGCCAAGUUCAAGCAGGAGCAUGGCGGCAAGAUUGAGCAUGCUGCUGUCGACGGCACGUUCCAGGCGGACGGACUCGUGUCGGACGAGCUGCGCCAACGCCUGAUUGCUGGAGUUGCUCGCCUCGAGGACGUGCCCGAGCACCUGAAGGACUGGCACCCGGGAAGCGAUCGCCAGGUCCUGGAUCUUGUGCAUCCGUCCUUGUUCUGCCUCGUCUAUGGGCGUACGCGCCACACCACCAAGCCGAUCGUCGAGGCGCUUGGUUCGGUCGGUGGUGGCGAAAUCCUUCCCGUGCCCCCUCCCCCAGAGUACGACGACUAUAACGUGUCAACCCAGUGCCAGUGGUUGCCGAGUGAAUUCCGAGUCGCCAAGGAUGGUCGUGUCACGAUCGAGUCUUACAUUAACAACCUCCACCCCGUCGAGCACGCCGAACUCUACCCUGUGCUCGCCAGCGUCUUUGAAGAGUUUGUUCCGCUGUUCAAUCUGACUUUGACCGCGAUGCUCAAGCAAGAAGACAAGAGCCAUCUCCGUGUGCAGCCCGGCGACUGGUAUCGUCCGCGCGAGCGUCGCCAGCGCCCCACUACUGCUCCUGCCACUGCUCCUGCUCCGGGCGCCGCGGGAGGCGACGACGACGACGACGACGACGCCGACGACGACGACGACGAGGACGCAUGGGAAGAUGAGCACGACGACGACGAGGACGACGACGACGAGGACGCAUGGGAAGAUGUGGACGACGAGGACGACGAGGACGACGAGGACGACGAGGACGACGAGGACGAUGAGGACGACGAGGAUGAGUCAUACUUUGGCAUCUUCACCAUGCCCGAGCCGGCCAAGUACCAACCGCCCAACGCCGACGACGCGUUCCCUCCAUUCGACCUGCGCGGUACCACCCUCCAGGUCAUUGUGAAGCUGGCCAACAUUUGCCUGACCCCGAAAAACCCAACCUACAAGGGCGGCUCCUGGCACGUCGAGGGCAUGCGCAACGAGAAGAUUGUUGCGUCUGGCAUCUACUACUACCAGCAGGAGAACAUCACCGAGUCCAACCUCGACUUCCGCCAAAGCGUUAGCGAGCCCGACUAUCAGCAAAACGACAACAAUGGCAUCCGCAAGGUUUACGGCCUGGAAGAUGGCGACGAGCUGAACCAGCCGCUGGGCGGCAUCGCGACCAAGGACAAUCGCUGCAUUGUCUUCCCAAACACGAUGCAGCACCGCGUGCGCUCGUUCCAACUCCUGGACCCGACCAAGCCUGGCUCGCGCAAGAUUCUGGUCUUCUUCUUGGUUGAUCCCCACGAGCGCAUUCCGUCGACCAAGCACAUUCCCCCACAGCAGCGCAGCUGGUACAUGCAAGAAGUCUUGAGCACGCCCAUCUUCCCGCCAACGAUCCCCCCGGAGCUUGUUGACGAGAUUCUGGAUCGCCUUGAUUGGCCGAUGGGGCUCGAGGAGGCCAAGCAGCACCGCAAGACGCUGAUGGACGAGCGCAAGCUCUUUGUCUCGGUCAACACCGACGCGGUGUUUGAGCGUACGUUUUCGCUAUACAUUUGGGUCUUCCAGGCACAAGCGGGUGCGCGUUGUAACAUCAUCAACCACGAGUGA